CCCUGUGAGUUCAUGUGUAAUUUCAGCGUGAACUGAUGCCAGAAGCGAGAUUUCGCAGCUCUUGGGAGGCUUUAGACAUUAAGUCACAAGAAAGCGAGUUAUAAUAAGUUCUAGUUUUAGGAAAGCACCGCAAACAUCAUGUGCAGUAGCUCAACACUGACAUGAGUCUGACGGCGGAGCGUUGAGGAACGAUUGUGAAGUUUGUUGGAACAAGAGACACUCGGAUUAUCAAAAGCGCAUUUCCUUUAACGCUUUCUGGGAGGACGAAAACAAAAUACAUACACAAAUACAGCCAGUCUCUCACUGUUUAAUACUUUGAGAGUGAUCCCACCAUCUUUUGACUUCUUUCCAGACUGCGUACAAAUAACGGCAGGCGAUGGUGAACAGCCGCGUGGAAACCACCGCCGUUGCAGUAACAGGAGGUAGUGGCGGGGCAGUGCGCUCCUGUGCAGGCUGUGGAGGUGGGAUCUCAGAUCGCUUCCUGCUCUUCUCCAUGGAUCGGUACUGGCACACGCGUUGCCUCAAGUGCUCCUGCUGCCAGGCUCAGCUAGGAGAAAUCGGCAGCACCUGCUUCAGCAAAGGAGGAAUGAUCCUCUGCAGGAACGAUUACAUCAGGUUGUUUGGUCACAGUGGAGCCUGUAAUGCGUGUGGACAGUCUAUCCCUGCCAGUGAGAUGGUGAUGAGGGCCCAGGGUAACGUCUACCAUCUAAAGUGUUUCACUUGUGCCACGUGUCGAAAUCGCUUGGUGCCUGGUGACCGAUUUCACUAUGUCAACGGCACCAUCUUUUGUGAACAUGACCGACCAGGUGGAGCUUUGCUCAGUAGUCACCUGACCCCCCUGCAGAGCAACACCCUCCUACCCGACCAAAAGGUGUGCUGAAAAAACAUGGAUUUAGAAUUUGCGGUGUGCCUUUUCUUCGUAUUUUUCCUCACAUCUUUUCUUCAAUCUAUCAUUGUGAAAGUCCACCCACACCCAGGAUCUUCCACCCCACUUUCGUGCAUCCAGCCACCUUAGAAGAAGAAUUCAGAACAACGCAAGUACUGUGAGUCACUUGCGAGACAAUCACCCCUAACGAGGGAAACGUAAUCAAAGUCACCGAAUCUGAAAAUCAUCAUAUGCACUGAGAUUUGGUCUGUCUGGUCAUGGCUGGGAUGGCCUGACUCUGAAAGGCUUAGACUCUUAAAGAGCAGCUAAUUAAAGCUGGGGUGAUGCUCAACAUGAUUUUGUUCCCUUUUGAGAAGUUUCUCAAUAAAUGUUGUAAACAUUACCUGACAUUGUGGACUGCGGGGGUCUGUGGAUUAUGAUAGAUAUCACUACUUGCCCACUAAAUGACAUCCAUAGAUCAAAAGACUGUUAAAACUCGCAGUUUGUUUCAGUGGUGGUUGCCUUUUGCUUACUGGCUCUUUUCAAGUUAAGUGUAAUUUUAUUCUAUCUUUUUUUAAAACGCUCUGUCAUCUUUGGUGCCUAAAAAACCUUUUUAUGUCCAGUUUUUCCUCCUUUGUCAUUUACUUCCUAUUAGCAAGUAAUCAUACACAUGCACAGUACAGAUACGUGAACAUGUAUUGUUUUGUCUAUUUGAGUUUAUGACAUAUGAAGCACUCUUUUUGAAAGAGUCGUAGACUGCAGAGGAAACAGCAAGGUUUUUUUUUCCAUGGUUUGGUAGAAUAAAUUAUAUGUCUGUAUGCAUAUUCUCUAAUAGAGACUGCUAUUCAGUGUCUGCCAAGACUUUUGGGAGAGUGAGAGGGAUGGAGAGUAAGUUGUACAUAUUUCAUGUGCUGUUGUAUUGUGUUCAAUGGUUGACCUGUUUCCUUGUGUCCUCUGUUUAAAUGGAGGAGCAUUCAAACAAUGAGAUAUCUGUAAAAGAAAAAAAUAAUUAAAUAACUAUAAUCAUCA